AUGGCGGAGCUCGAGGACUCCAUUGAAGAUCUUCAGGCGAAGCUCCAACAAUAUGAAGAGCAAGUGGAGCAAGUCAACGAGGCGCUAAAGCUGCAGCCCGAAGAGGCGGCUCUGCUGAAGCUCAAGAAUGAUCUGGAAGAAGUUAUAUCGCUCACGCGCGAUUUGAUUUCCUUCCAGACGCAGGAACAAGCAGAAGCGGCAAAGGCAGAGGCGGCGGAGGCUGGAGAGGCAGGCCGAGAAGUUGAAGACGUGAAGGAGCCGCAUGAGGACGCUGAAACACGUGAACGAGACGUCUCGACAACUGGAGCGGGGGUGAAACGUCCUCUCGAGAGCGCAGACGCGUCUGAGAGCUCCACGAGAUUAACUCAUCUUUCUGGCGGGUCAUCCGUCGUGGGACGGACCUGCCUGGCCGAAUACGAGGGAAAGAAAUUCUACGCCGAAAUCUUGGAUCUGAAAAAAAGCAAACAAGGCGAGCGCGUCCUCGUCGAGUUCAUCGGCUGGAAAAACCAGCAAGAGUACCCCGUUCAUCAAGUUCAGCUUCUCAGUCCAGUCGCGCCGUCCGCGGUCCCUCCGGGCACCGCUGCCCAGGCGAUCUUCUCCGAAGACGGGAAGUGGUAUGACUGCGUCGUCGAUGAACACACGACUAGCGGAUACAAAGUCACGUAUACGGAGUACGGGAACUCGGAGGAGGUGAAGUUUGACCAGGUUCGGCUGAAGAAGCCCAAGAAGGACGCUCCCAAGAGACGAGUAAAGGAGAUCAUCACCCCAGGCGGAUACAAAAUUCCGCAGUACCUCGCAAUCAAACCGACAGACACAGAGGCGCAGAAAAACUCGAAGAAGCGGCGGGUGAAAGCCAUCAAAGCUCAGCAGCAGCUCGAGAUGGCGGAGAAAGACGCCGAGGAUCGCGCGAAAUCCUGGCAGAAGUUCAACAAGCGAGCAAUAAACCGGCGAAUGGCUGGGUACAUGUCCGGGCGCGGGCAUGAGUCGAUGUUUUCUGGCCACGAGAUUAAGACCACUGUCAGUAUCAGCGUUUUGAGCUCGCAGCCAACAACAGUGAACUCUUUUGUGCCUCGGCGGAAGCACGACGUCGACGAAGACUUGAUCGCUGACGACUAG